AUGCCUAAAGCACUUAUUACAGGAAUCACUGGCCAAGACGGCUCAUAUUUAGCAGAGCUUCUUGUUUCAAAGGGAUAUGAAGUUCACGGUCUUAUCCGACAGGCUUCCACCAUCAACACCGAGAGAAUUUCACAUCUGAAUGUCGAUCCUCACUCCGCAGAUAAUCAGAUCAUAUUGCACUAUGGAGAUCUUGUGGAUUCGUCCAAUCUUAUCCGGAUAAUUAAGCAGAUAGAGCCAGAUGAGAUUUACAAUUUAGCUGCAAUGUCACAUGUUCAAGUCAGCUUUGAACAACCAGAAUACGCCGCACAAGUAGACGCACUAGGGACUUUGAGACUUUUAGAAGCGAUUCGAAUUCUUGAUCUUCAAGAGAAAACCCGUAUUUAUCAGGCCUCAACUUCGGAGCUCUAUGGAUUAGUGCAAGAAAUACCUCAGACAGAGCGUACACCUUUUUAUCCAAGAUCGCCAUAUGGAGUCGCAAAGUUAUAUGCCUAUUGGAUUACUGUGAAUUAUAGAGAAUCCUAUAAUAUUUUUGCGGUAAACGGAAUUCUGUUUAAUCAUGAAAGUCCAAGACGUGGAAAUAAUUUUAUUUCUCGAAAAAUUACACGAGCCAUUGCCAGGAUUCUUUUGGGUCUUCAAGAAACUAUGCAUUUAGGAAAUCUGGAUGCACAAAGGGAUUGGGGACAUGCUAGGGAUUAUGUAAAUGCAAUGUGGUUAAUGCUCCAACAAGAGACACCGCACGAUUUGGUGAUAUCAACAGGAGAAACCACAAGUGUUCGGAACUUUUUAAUUAAAGCCUUCAGGGCAGUCGGAAUUGAAGUGAGAUUUGAAGGAAAAGGUCUCAAUGAGAAGGUUUAUAUCAAGGAAAAUAAAUCUACUUAUGCAUUGAAAGAGGGCCAAUGUGUGGUUGAAGUAAGUGAAAAAUAUUUUAGACCUAGUGAAGUAGAUAUUCUUAAAGGUGAUUGUUCUAAAGCUAAGCAAAUAUUAAAUUGGAAGCCCGAGUAUAAUGUGGAUAGCCUUAUCGAGGAAAUGCUAGCAUCUGAUAUUGAACAUUAUAAGAACGAAAAAGCCUUUAAAGAUUUUUGUUCAGAUUCUGUACUCUUUAAGGAGAAGAAGGUCUAUACAGAGAAAAACUAUAGAAAACUUUAA